GCGGGGAGUGUUCUGUGUUGUCAGUCCCUGCCUGUCAAGCAGCGUCUUUUAAAUGUUGUAGUUGAUGUGCUGGACUAAUUCUUUGCGCUCUUCUUAAAUGGCUUAAAAUAACCCUGGCUAUCUCGAACCUGUUAGACGCUUCUAAACGCUGAAACUGUUUAAAUUGCGACGGACAAGGAGCAGUCGYCACAGAAAUGCGUUUCUUUACUUUUGUUUUCAUUUUUUUCAAACAUUUAUCGACCGCCCUUCCUCUUCACGUAGAUGCCAUCAUAGUUCAGAUCCAGCAGUGGGGGGUGGUAGGAGCUCAGCAUGUCRCAGAGCAAGUUUUGCUCAAUGGAAUUUCUCUCUCAAGCCCAAGCUGGGAGGUCCAGAGCAUAAUUAAAAGCAUGUCCGCCAGUGACCUCCUACCUGAUGGGCUCAGCAAUAACCAGACUUCAGUUCUAAGAAAUCAUACUGUCCUUCGCUCUCGGGAAUGCAUCAUAGAGGGUUCUCGGCUCCACUGGUCUGAUUGGGUGUUUUGUGACGGCAAGGUCUUCCUGACCCUGGAGCACAACGACACAUGGACAGCCCAUGCGCCAGAGGCAAGGGCCCUCAAAAACCUGUGGGACCAGGAAGUGGAGCAUUCAAAGUUCGAGAGACGUCGUCUGCAGGAGGGCUGCAUUCAGCUGAUGAAGGAACUGAAACUUUCGGAGGAAGAGUCAGUUCAUGGAAUUGCUCURCCCAGAUUUCUGAUCCCUAUCUUGGCUGUGAUGGCAUUUUUAAUGCUAAUUAUAGUGACCAUUCUUAUCUCAAGAGGCCCUGGUCUAAUUCACCCUGGAGGGGUGAUCGGCUCCAUUAUCCAUUACCCCAAAGAUGUAACUCACACUGAUGAGAAGGAAUGUGGUUACAGAGCACUGUGACUCAAAAGGCUCAUGAAUACAAAGUUGCUUGUGAAUGGAUGUUUUUGUCAUAUGUGUUAUGUUUUUCUUAUUCUCUUUAUUGCUUAUGCUUAUUUUUAAAAAAUAUUAAUUGCUUAAAGAAAAAUUAACACAAGUGUUUGAUGCAGUAAGUUGUUCACAUUCUUGUCAACACCAAUAAACUCCUCACACAAAACUUGACAUGUUCCUGAACACCCAAUAAAAACGGUGCAAACUAA